AGAUCCUGACGGUGCAGCAGCCCGCAGCCUCAGCCAGGGAGUCCCAGCCGCUUUCAAUGGAGGAGAAGCCCGGCCAGCCACAGCCUCAGCACCAUCACAGCCACCACCAUCCGCACCAUCACCCCCAGCAGCAGCAACAGCAGUCGCACCACCACCACCAUUAUUAUUUCUACAACCACAGCCACAACCACCACCACCACCACCAUCACCAGCAGCCUCACCAAUACCUGCAGCAUGGAGCCGAGGGCAGCCCCAAGGCCCAGCCCAAGCCGCUGAAACAUGAGCAGAAACACACCCUCCAGCAGCACCAGGAAACGCCGAAGAAGAAAACAGGCUAUGGUGAAAUAAAUGGUAAUGCUGGAGAAAGAGAAAUAUCUUUAAAGAACCUCAGUUCUGAUGAAGCUACCAACCCUAUUUCCAGGGUCCUCAAUGGCAACCAGCAAGUUGUAGACACGAGCCUGAAGCAGACUGUAAAGACCAGCACCUUUGGAAAAGCAGGAAUUAAAACCAAGAAUUUUAUUCAGAAAAACAGUAUGGACAAAAAGAAUGGGAAGUCUUAUGAAAAUAAAUCUGGAGAGACCCAGGCUGUAGAUAAGACCGACACUAUAGCAAUUCCAAAUGGUGUUAUAACAAAUAAUUCAGGCUAUAUUACUAAUGGUUAUAUGAGCAAAGGAGCAGAUAAUGAUGGGAGUGGAUCUGAGAGUGGAUAUACCACUCCUAAGAAAAGGAAAGCUAGGCGCAAUAGUGCCAAGGGUUGUGAAAACCUUAAUUUAGUGCAAGACAAAAUAAUGCAAGAGACUAGUGUCCCAGCAUUAAAACAGGGACUUGAAACUUUAAAGCCUGACUACAGUGAACAAAAGGGAACUCGAGUAGAUGGUUCGAAGCCUAUUUGGAAAUACGAAACUGGACCUGGAGGAACAAGUCGUGGAAAACCUGCUAUGGGUGACAUAAUUCGUAAAAGUUCAGAUAUUAAACCUGGUCUGAGUAGCAAAAAGUUUGAUGAUCGGCCCAAAGGAAAGCAUGCCUCAGCUGCUGCCUCCAAAGAGGACUCGUGGACCUUGUUUAAACCACCCCCAGUUUUUCCAGUGGACAAUAGCAGUGCAAAAAUAGUUCCUAAAAUAAGUUAUGCAAGCAAAGUUAAGGAAAACCUCAACAAAACUGUACAGAACUCCUCUGUGUCACCAACUUCAUCUUCAUCAUCAUCAUCUACUGGGGAAACUCAGACCCAAUCCUCAAGUCGGUUAUCCCAGGUCCCCAUGUCAGCUCUGAAAUCUGUUACUUCUGCCAGUUUUUCUAAUGGGCCUGUUUUAGCAGGAACUGAUGGAAGUAUGUAUCCAUCUGCGGGUCAGCCACUGCUAACUACUGCUGCUAAUACUUUAACACCCAUCUCUACUGGGACUGAUUCAGUUCUUCAGGACAUGAGUCUGAGUUCAGCAGCUGUUGAACAAAUUAAGUCUAGCCUUUUUAUCUACCCUUCAAAUAUGCAAACAGUGCUGUUAAGUGCACAAGUAGAUCUGCCCUCUCAGACAGAUCAGCAAAACCUGGGAGAUAUAUUCCAGAAUCAGUGGGGUUUAUCGUUUAUAAAUGAACCCAGUGCUGGCCCAGAGACUGUUAUUGGAAAGUCAUCAGAUCAUAAAGUGAUGGAAGUGACAUUUCAAGGAGAAUAUCCUGCCACUUUGGUUUCACAGGGUGCUGAAAUAAUUCCCUCAGGAACUGAGCAUCCUGUGUUUCCCAAGGCUUAUGAGCUGGAAAAACGGACUAGUCCUCAAGUUCUGGGUAACAUUCUAAAACCUGGGACUACUGAGAGUGGAGCCUUAUCCUUGGAACCCAGUCAUAUAGGUGACCUGCAAAAAGCAGACACCAGUAGUCAAGGUGCUUUAGUGUUUCUCUCAAAGGACUACGAAAUAGAAAAUCAAAAUCCUCUGGCCUCUCCUACGAACACUUUGUUAGGCUCCGCCAAAGAACAGAGAUACCAGAGAGGCCUAGAAAGGAAUGAUAGCUGGGGUUCUUUUGACCUGAGGGCUGCUAUUGUAUAUCACACUAAAGAAAUGGAAUCUAUAUGGAAUUUGCAGAAGCAAGAUCCCAAAAGGAUAAUCACUUACAAUGAAGCCAUGGAUAGUCCAGAUCAAUGAAGGACCAGACUGCCUAUUUGUAACCUUUGUGCAGCAUUAGAGCCACCGUUCAUGUGGGACACAAGGCUUUCAUGCUCCUAGAUCUUCAACGCAGCAGAGGAACCAUAAGUAGAAUCACAGGAUAAUAUAUACAAAUAUAUAUAUAUACAUAUAUAUAUAUAUAUAGUUAUUUAAAAAAAAGGCAACUGAGAGUAAUUAGACUUCUUAAGGAAUCAAAUUUAUUUCAAGAGACUACACAUGGUUAUUUAAUCUCCGGUACCGAAUAGUCUUUUUCUUUAUUAUUUUGUUAGUUUUUGUUUUUAAGUGUGAAUGCAAGUGAUUAAUGAAUACAGACUUAACAAGCGUGGUUCUAAAGUUCCUGCUGUCAUCUACUUGGGCAACAAAUGACCCACUGGAAAGGCAAAUCCACUUACUUCUAGGUAUCUGUACCUUGUUCUGUGACUAAAGUGAUACACUAAUCACGGGGAACCCAGAAUGAUUCAACAUUUUCCCCUACUCCGCCCUUGAUCUUUUAGUUUUAUUUUGAGCCCUGCGAGAAUGCUGGAUAAAUGCCUUGAAGUUUGCAGGGGUGUUUUUUGUUGUUUGUUUUUUGUUUUGUUUUUUUUUUUAAUCCAAUGAUUUGCAUGUCUUGCCAAGAGUUGUGCAGCCUCUGGGGUGUUGGGGAAAUAGUUCCUUUCCUUUUAUUUUUUGUGGGGUGGGGACAGGGGGAGGGCAUUGAAGUUUUACAAUCCUGGAAUAGUUUGUGGGUACAUAGUUAACUUACUUUGGUUACAUGUUUGACUUUUAACAGCUGAAGAAUCUAAGAGUGUCAUUCAAGGAAAAGUUGCAGAACGAGUAAUUGGCUGAUAAUUACCCAUUGUAAUUGUGUAACUGGGAGCAAAAAUCCAUUCUGCUUUUCUGCUGUAGGUGCUCAGACUUGCUCUCUGUCACUAACACUAAGUGCGUACUCUUCUUGUUUUUCAUCAACCAUUUAAGAGAAACUUAUGUACCUUUCUGUAAAUUCUUUUAAUUUCAGUUUCUCAGCAAAAUCUAAAAAGGAAAAAAAAAUUCAUGAAAACCGUCUUUUUUUAGCCAGUGAGGAGGUAAUAAACACUGCUUAUAUAUGUAGAAGGUGUGUUUUCAGGCAAAUUCUACUUCUCAGCUUACAUAUUUCUAAUUAUAUCUUAAUAUAUUUUAUCAUUAGAGCAAGAUUGGGCUUGGGGUUUUUUUUGUUUGUUUGUUUGUUUGUUUGUUUGGGUUUUGUUUUUGUUUUUUAAUAAUGUGAAAUUCUGAAAAUUUUGGGCAGAAAGAGGCAUUAGCCCUGUCUUAUCAUCGCAUUAUCAUCCUGUUGUGCUGCGGCUUGUGUAUAGCAUGCUAAAACGUGUGUGUGUGUGUGUGUGUGUGUGUGCUUGUGUAUAGCAUGCUAAAACGUGUGUGUGUGUGUGUGUGUGUGUGUGUGUGAGAGAGAGAGAGAGAGAGAGAGAGAGAGAGAGAGAGAGAGAGAGAGAACGAACGAACGAACUAAGGGUCCAAUUUAAGACUGGGUGAGUUAGUGGCAUAAUUACAAGUUCUGGCCUGAUGUAGCAUCAUAUCACACACAACAGAGAAAUUAAUGUAUCCAUGUAUGUCAAAUGCAAGUUAAACUAGCAGGGCAUUUACAGAGUUGCAGUCUAACAAAGGCAAACUGGAUCCCUUGGACACUUUGAGGGGGUUGGGGGUGGGGACAAAGUAGUUACUUUUUAUUCUUGUUUUAUAAGAAAUGUCCAGUUUUGAGUGAUUGUAGUAUGGAUGGAUUUUCUGGUUUUGUUAAUUAUUUCAGGUUUUUAACAAAUGUUCAUGAAAGAACCUAUUUGAUUUACUGCAGAGAAAAAUACUUUUUAGUCUGGAUUUCUGCCCUACUUAGAUUUUUUUUUUAAAGUAUAAGCAUGGAUUGCCAAUUCCACUUGAUGUAAACAAAACUUUUUAUACAUAAUAUAUAAUAACUUAUUGUAUCAGUCCAGGUUCAGAAACUUGUGGUAGGCCAGUUUCAGAUAGUUUCAUUUCACCUGUAAACUGUAUCACUUUUACUGAUAUUGUAAUUUUCAAAUGUAUAAUAUGUUUACAGAUGUGCCCUGCAUUUAGUAGCUUUGUUCCUAUUUUUCUUUUUUUUUUUUUUUUUUUUUUUUCCUUUUUGGUUGAGUCUCCUGCCUGCCAAAAGCUAGGAUGCUUCAGGCCCCUGUACAUCAGUGAGGCAUCCUUGAGCUUUAAAGCACUGAGCAAACUGGAAAAUGCAACACGCCACAUACUGAACUGAAAAGUCUGUGUUUUGUGUUCCUUUUUUUUUUUUAAUUUUUAAUAAAAAUUUUCAAAAAGUUAAAAAAAUUUUGAUUAAAGAAAAACGAGGCUCCAGUUUGUUUUAUAGGUUUUAAAGUUCUGCCGUGUGUUUAAUUGCCUUGUGUGACCACUUGUCGCCUUAGGGCUGAAUCCUUACCCCACUUUUUUUAAGUGUCCGUUUUGCUUGCCUGGAAUUUUAAAGUUGGUCUGUUGCACAAAUCACAAAAACAAAAGAACAAAAAAAUACUUCCUAGGUUUAUGGCAUACAAGGUUGAAUGAACAUACUUAAAAUGAAAAAAAAAAUCCAGUUUCCUGAAUUGGGAUUUUAACUUAGAAGUAAUACUUAGUACCUUUAAAGGCCUUCACUUUCAUAAUUCUUUUCCAUAACUUUCAGGCUGCGGUGCAGAGAAGCUAAAGAGAAUGUACCCUUUCUCUGUCCAAGGGUUGAGAAUCUCACUUCCUCUAAAUGAGACAAUGCAACAUUUCACUUUGAUUUCUCCACUGAAAUUUUCUUGAUAAUGUGGUUAGAGGUGUGUGUAUACACACACACACACACACACACACACACACACACACACACACACACACACAGUAGUUAGAAAUGUCUCUUAAACUUUCUGGGAUCCCUAAUGGUCCAUCAUAUUAACUGUCAGUAUUUUUUGGACAUUGGGUUAAUGGACUUAGUUGCCUCAGUACAAGCAGGACUUUGGGACAGAUAUCUUUUGUGCUGUUUGAUACUUGUCUCAAUCUUUCUCCUUAGGUCCUCACACAAUUCCUUACAGAGCACUUAUUAAAAAAAUGUCUUACGAGUUCAUCUGUUUUCUGAUUAUUUUUUUGUGUGUAAGCUUCUAAAGAAACAUCAGCUGUGAUUAAUUUAGCACAUUUAAAUAACAGUAUGUUGUCGGUAUAAAGAAUUUUCCUUCAACUCAGAGUAUUAGUACUGUAGCAUAAACCAAAUACAGUCUAGAGGGGAUUUUUAACAUCCCUCCAUUUAAAAGACUGAAAAAGAUACGUGUGUGUGGAUGUAUGUAUGUUGGGGUGCUUGUAUGUUGGGGAAAGAUGAAGAUACUAAGAAUUAGUAAAUGAAUGUGUAAGACAUAUUAGUAUUCAGAGAAUGAAACUUGUAUUUAUUUUGUGCCAUUUGUUUUCAUUACACGGAAUAAAGUCGGGUGGUUUAAAUCCUUCAAGGGUAGUACUAGAAAAAUGGCACUAAGGAUGAAAUCAUGGCCUAUUUUUUUAAUAGCUAAGAAACUAAUUAUGGGUGAUGAUUUCCUUUUCAGUUUGUCUUGUAGUUUUUACGUCACCACUCAAUUUUGUGUAAAAGUCUUGAAUAAUCUUCCUUCCCCACAAAAGACAGGGUGUAUUUAUCUUUUCUCUAUUCGUCCUCAUUUCAACAGCCUGAAGUUAAUUGCAUAGUGUUUCUGCUAACCUUAGUAAUGAACCUUCACAUCAAUAAAGUUUUUAUGGUGUCUAUCUAGCCUGCCCUCUGCUUCCUAGGAGGGGAUAGCCAAUAUCUUAAAAAUUUUGUAGUGAUACCUUUUUUCCCCUGUCCUCAAUCUGCUUUCCUAGUUACCACUCUGAAUCUGCAAAAGAAAAAUAAAAACCAGUGCUGUAAUUUUUUUUCAAGUGACAGUUUUUAGAGAAAAUAAGGUAAAUCUUGAACUGAUAGGCAGUUGUUUCUUCACAAAAUAGGACACAUCAACAGUAGUUGCACACUUGGCUGUUAGACUUGUUGCCAGCCUUCACCAAAAGCAUUCUUUUUUUGGGGGGGGGGGUUAAGGUUAAGGACAUGUGAUAUGAACUUGCACCAGAUGGGCACAUGCAAGGAAAUUGAAGACCUGGCGCAGUUUAAAAACCUGUCUGUAUGUGGUGAUGGUGAUGAUGAGGUUUCUCUCAAGUUACUUAGUGUGCUAAUUGCUAAGGAUUUUAUGCCACUUGACCAUAUUUUCAAAUGAUACAAUUCCUUUUAUAUAUUAACCAGUCAAACUAGUAUAGUGUAGUGGACCAGAUAUGUGAAGAAUUAUUUCUGUAAGACCUGUUGAUGUAUGCCUGCCAGAGUGGUUUUUGAUAGGACUGUAUUAGAAAAGGAUGGGAUUUACUUCCCCAGUCUCCUAGAAGAAAGCACAGGACGAGUAAAAGCAUAAGUAGCUGCUUAAAGAUGGCCAGAAGAACAUAAGGCCUGAACGCCAUUACUGAUUUCCCUUCAAAAGUAUUGAUAUAUUUCUGUGUUGAGGAAGGUGGGCUUCUGCUGUGGGUAUCUUAAAAUGCUUAUGAACACCUAGAUAUAGAUAUGUGAGUUGCAAGACCAUUCUGUAGGUAUAAAAAAAGAUAAAUUAUCAACUCCACUCAAGGACUGAUCUACUCACCAAGUUUUAAGAGAGAUCUUGAGGCAAUUAUUAGAUGCCAGCAGUAGUGAGUUUUACCCAGCAGUAGUGAGUUUUUCGUUCUCCGUAAGAUGCCCAGCAAAGCAGCAGUAGUGUAUUAUACUAUUGUAUUAUGAGGACUCAGAUAUGGACUGAAACUCAAAAGACACCCUAAGCUGUAGUAGGGUUGCUGGUUCAAACAUUUCCUAUUUAGAAAAUUUUGUUCUGUCCAGAGUUCUGAAGCCAUUUUUUAACAUGUAGGUGUCUGUUUGAAUUUUUGUUUUGUUGGGGAGGGGGAAGAUAACCGGUUUCACAGUGUAGUCUUGGGUAGCCUGAAGCUUGCUCUAUAUACUAGGCUGGCCUCAAACUCAGAUCUGCCUGCCUCUGCCUCCAGAGUGCUGGGGUUACCACCAAACCUGGCAAUGUAUUUUAACAGCCUUAUUUGAAAUAGUUACAAAUGUUUCCCCUAGUUGAAUUUUGCUUUCAUUGUAGUCAUUUUAAUCUACAGACCAAACAACUUAGAUCAACAUUACAAUAGCUUUCUAUUUAGACCCCUUUCCUCAGGUGCUAAACAAAGGCUCCAAAAUGAAUACUGCUUUAGUAACAUCUCUUAUUCCUAAAAUGCAUAUUUCUUUUACUAAUUGUAAAGAUUUGGUGUUAACAAAAUGGUUUUAAUAUGUAAAUAUGAACGAAUACCUUAAGUUCUUCUUGUCUAUUAAGUCUGUUUGCAUUUAUCUUUUGUAGAUAAUUUUUCACAAUCUUUAAUACAUUUCAUUAGGUAUUGCAUCUUUAGAAUGAAAACAACUGUUUUGUCUUAGAUUACGCCUGCUGCUGCUGCUGCUGCUGCUGCUGCUGCUGCUGCUGCUGCUGCUGCUGCUGCUGCUGCUGCUAUGGGAAACUGAAAAUCAAGAAUGUGAUGCACUUUUUAACAUUACUAUAUACCAUAGGUUGCUUUAAUACCUUUUUUUGGUAGCACAGCCACUAACAAAAGUGAACAGAGUUUAUUAUUCUCUUCAGGAGUGAGUCAGUAAAGUAGUCUGUAGUUUGUGUUGACUUAUGAAGGGGACAGUAACUUAGGAAAUAAAUUUUUGGUUAAUAUUAUAUUUUGGCCUUAAAGUGUCUUCUACUACUGAAAAUAGUUAUAGCUUUGUUUCUAUUAUUCCCUCUGCUUCAAAAAGACUUGGGAAGAAUUAGAGGAAAUCAUUUCAUUUGUUUUUAGUUCUCAGUAAGCUGCGUUUUGUUUUUUGUUUGUUACAAUUUUAUCAGAGAAGUAAUGUUGCCCUGCACCUAUCAUAUUUAGUUUAGUUAACAAGCUCCCAACUAUUCUACUUCUCUAGUAUAUGUUCAAAGGUAAAAUAUAAGAAUGCUACUUGACAAAGUAAAAUAUCUUCGCAAGCACAUACUCAAACAUGAAGGAGAAAAAACCCAAAAGUAUAGAGGAAGGACACCAAAUGAGGUGGAGGAAUAUGAGAAUGAUGUGUGGUCCAAAGCUAUCUGGUUAUAUUUUGAUGUUGCCAAUAUUACAGAGCCAAAAUUUUAAUUUGCUUACUUAAUAUAUUUGUUGGCCAGAGAUCUAUUUUUAUAUCAGUGUGCCUUGCAUGUAUAUUAACUUUGGAAAGGCCAUGUAUUAAUGCCUGAAAUGUUGAUGGUUCUUACCACCUCACUGAUUUUUAUGCAGUUGAAAUGUUCAUUCUAUUGCCCAACUGGUGCUCUCUGUUUAAAGUUAUAGAUCUUGUCAAACUGGAACUCUUUUAUAAACUGGGGAAGUGACUUGCUUUUUCACUUAUUUUUUUUCCCUCCGUUUUUAGUCAGUUAGUGGCUGCUCUGUAGUGGGAAAUAGUAAAAAAGGUUCUUCACUACCUACCCCCACCCUCAACACCACCUUCAAGUAAUGUGAUAGUAUCGUUUCUUUGUGUGCUUUGAAAAAAUUUCAGCUUGCUGUCUCCUUUAGUGUUAUAAAAGGUAUUAUUAAAAGCAUUGUUUGCAAAAAAUACAGGAAAUGAUGGCUGUCCACGUUAAUUUGGGAUUCUUUGUGAGCUUUAUUCCAAGUUACUGGCUCAUUCCAACAGAUUUUAUUGUUGAAGCACCUUGCUUAGGGAUUUUAAAUAUUCAUGUCUACAACACUUGUCUCAAAAUAAUAAACUGUGCAAUUCUUGUCAUUAAAAAAAAAAAAAACAAAGACAGAUCUGAACUCUCCCUAAUGUGACUUGUUAGUUUCUGUAUUUCCUGCCAGUGUAAAUGUGAAAAGCUUUGCUUGCAUUACGUUUUAGAAAUGCAUUUUGCACACUCAGUUUGCCGAAGCUCCGUGAAAGGUUAGAUUUAAGUAGAUGAAUAAAGCUAUGCACAUGUUCUGAAAGUUUAAUCUGUGUGUCAUUACCAAAAGUAAUCUGUCAUUAUUUUGCUGUUCGUAGCUUUACCAUCUUUGGAAACAUGGUUCAAAGUUAUAAUUCUGGGCUAGCUCAUCAGUGGAACUAAAGGGAGGAAAACUGGCAACCACUGAAUAAAGUUCAGCUGAAGUGAGAGCUUAACCUGUCUGUAUCUGUUAAAGGGCUUUUCUUCAAACAGGGCAGUUGUAUCAGCUUUAUAAACCAUUGGAUCCAAUGCGCUUCUCAGUGAAAUUUUGAAUAUUUAUGAAAAAGAAAUGGAAAGUCAUUCAAACUAAAAUGAAGGAAAGACCUUUGCCAUAUGAAGCUCGGACAAUUUUAUGUCUUAAAGCUGGUUUAAAGGUAGGGUAGCAUUUUAUUAACCUUUAUUGCUUUAACAUGAAUUUGAUUAACUGGAUAGUUUGAAAUUAAAGUCAUUCAGUUUAAAAGUCAAAACACAAUUGUUUUAAAGAUAUUUUAAAAAGCCCAAGCUGAUGUGAGUGAGUUGAGAAGUUGGGCAUGUUUGGUUAAUUCACUGCAGUUGCAUGUACUGAGUAGUUUCACUUACAUGAGGUGUGCACUUACAAGGUUGUGUAGAUCUGCUGGCCAGAUGUUGUCAUUCAUCUUAUAACAGGAACUUUGGUGAUUUCCUUAGGACAUUCAUAGAUGAGUUAAGUAGAAGACAUUACCAAUGGUGUUUUCCCCAGGCUCCCAGAUAUAAGAUAUAUUUCAUUUUAUAGCUUUGGCUAUCUAAAAGAGGGUUACUUCACUUUCAUCUUGUUGACUUUGAAAAGACAGCAAAUUCUGUUUGUUCAUAGUGAUGAUUAUAACAAAACCUAGUAGAGUUUCAAAAUGUGGUCAGUGAUGCAUAAUCUUAAAAACAAAGGCAGUAGCAAACAGCUUGGAUGGAUUUUGAAUAUCUGUUAGUAGUUGAUUACAUCUGUAAUCCUGGCAACCAGAAGGCUCAAGCAAGAGGAUUGUGAGUUCAAAGCCAGAUUGGCCUGCAUGGCAACAACAUAGUAAAUGUAUUGGAGAACUAAAGUAAUCUAUUGUGUGCAGACAUUUAUUCAUGAACUGGGUUGCCUUUUAAUUUUGGAAAAGGAUAAUUAGUACAUUACAGUUCUGUUAGAAGAUGUUGGCCCUUUCCUGCUGAAAUUUUUUUCAAUACCUGUUUUGCCCAGUUUAAAAAAUAAUAAAAGUAGGUCUUUUCUAGAUAGAAGAACAGUGACCAGAAAUUUACUGUUUUGCUAAAUAACUAACUGCUUAGGUAUUUACUAAAGCCGUUGCUGAUGUUAUGAAUUCCAAGGAAGUGUCAGUUACAUGAUCUUCCUUUAUUAAUGUCUUACUUAAUGUUCAGUGUUUUAAAAAUACAAAAUUACACUCUACAACCAUACUCAGAUUUACUUAUUUUAUCAGAAAAACUUGAGAUUUGUAGAUCAAAUAAGACAAUAAGUGUACAUUGUUGAAUAAAAAAAAUUUAAAAGUU